AUGGGUAAGGAAGCAGGAACAAAACAUAUAGAAGAGCCAAAGACGGAAGGAGCAUACAAAAAUAUCGGCCUCAAAUGGGCCAUGAGAGAAGAAGCAGGUAAUUGGGCAAUGAAGAAAAACAAGAAGAUGAAGCAAGUACACAAAAACCAGGAGGGAGAAACUUACUAUGUGGAGCUGGCUUCGGACGAAGAGAAUGAAGAAUCAGAAGCUAGCAACCAAGUUAACAAGGAUCCAAAAAUUUGGGAGGAGAUUCUAAGCAUAGGAAUGCAACACAGUUUGAAGAUCAAGAGGAAAAGGGAAGUCACAGACACCAAAAUUCUCGCUGAAGUCAAGUGGAAUGAAGAUCAAGAGUCAAGAAAUAGCAAGCGGAGCAGGACAGAAGCGGCUGAACAAGACAACAAUAUGGACAUGGAAGAGCAAGAACCAACAUUCAAGGCCGAGGAGGCGGGCCCAAACAUGCCCCACCCCAGCCAUGAUUGUCCUAAGUUGGAACUGUCGAGGCAUGGCGGCGGCCUCGACAGCUUCUGA